GACCAGUCAUUUUUCAAUCUUUUUCUUUUUAUAUUAACACACUGCACGAAAGUCACUGAAGAACUAAUUUUGUCAGAUCGGUGCGCUGCUCUUUAUACCGAUUCAAUGAGAAUACGAAGAGUUCCGAGCGAUAUAUUUUUCUCGCUCUUCCGAAACCCGAUUGAUCGAAAUGGCAUGUUGUUCUAUCUCCCUCUUUUCAACCCUCGGCGUUUCUGGUAUAUAAAGAGGUAGCGCAACGGGCAGCACGUUUAUUGUGUUUUUAGAGGCGCGAAGAGAACAGUGAAUUUGGAAAUUAAAAUGGCUCGUACAAAGCAGACUGCUCGUAAAUCGACUGGUGGCAAGGCGCCACGCAAACAACUGGCUACAAAGGCCGCACGGAAGAGUGCUCCAGCCACCGGAGGAGUAAAGAAGCCCCAUCGCUAUCGUCCCGGAACUGUGGCUCUCCGUGAAAUCCGUCGCUACCAGAAGAGUACCGAGUUGUUGAUCCGCAAGCUGCCAUUCCAGCGGUUGGUGCGUGAAAUAGCUCAGGACUUCAAGACAGAUUUGCGCUUCCAGAGCUCGGCUGUGAUGGCUUUGCAGGAAGCUAGCGAAGCCUAUCUGGUUGGUCUGUUUGAAGAUACCAAUUUGUGCGCCAUUCAUGCCAAGCGCGUUACUAUUAUGCCCAAAGACAUCCAGCUGGCUCGUCGUAUCCGUGGAGAGCGCGCUUAAAUUGAAUAAUUGUCAAUUGGAAGCCCAUAUAUUUAAAAAAAAAUCGGUCCUUUUCAGGACCACAAUGUUAUUUUCAAUGAGAUUUGAGUACCUAUUGAUAUAUAACCCAAAAGAAUUAGUUUUUAGAUUUGGAAGGCAAAGAAAAAUAUAUUUAAUAAAUGUAUAGCAAAAUAUAUAUAUGUUUUUAUUUAGAGCACUCUUUACAGAAUAUUAAUAUUAGCAUUUAGCUGUUUAAGUCAUAAAUUGGUAAAUAUAUAAAGAAAAACUUAAAAUAUGUCAAACAAAAAAAAUUAAAAUUUUAUAAGAAAUGAUAUUAUUUAAUAUACAAAUUUCUAUUAUGCAUUUUAAAAUUAACUAAGAGUUUGUAUUAUAUUAGAAGAUUAUUAUUUAUUAAGUGAAAACUAAAGUAAAGGUUAUUUUUUGAAGGCUAUUAUAACUGGUAAUUAUAGUUCAAUGUGAGACUUUCACUGGUAUACAUAGCCAAAUAUAAAAAAUAUGAAUUACUUCCAGAAUGUAAAAUAGAGAAGAUUUAUUAGAAAAAACAAAACAAUUUAAAAUUAUAUUCUUUUAGAAAAACUAUAUUUUUUAGUACCAAAACAGUUUCUUUAUGUCAAAUGAAAGCGCACAUUUUAUCCAGGAAAGGGUCAUUUUAAAAGCUAUAUUUAAGUAUGAGUAUUAUAUAAAAAUAUAAUUAUUAUUUGCAUAACUGGUAGUUGAAAGUUCAAUUUAUAACAUUCAUUUGUAUAUCAACAAUAAUACAAUCAUUUUAUAUUUUUAACGAUGUUUUAAUGUAAAAUAUUUAAGAUAUUAACGUAAACGUGCACUUUCGAGUACUCAAUAAAAAGCAACCGAUCUAUAUACGGCAAUUGAAAAAAGUUUUUAUUAAAUUUUGAAUAUUUAAGAAUAAAACGCAAUUUAAAAAAAUCAACAUUAUAUCAUUUUAAGAAUGAAAUAGUAAAAAAUAAUUACACCCUUCGAAAAAACAUUUGUAACACAAAUGAACUGUGCCAAACACAUAGUCAAACUGCUCUCCUCCUCGAUUCUCAUCCGAGCAAGGGACUUUGGAUGUGGGGUCGCGGGCUAUUUUUUGCAUAAAAAAAAGUUUAUUUCUGUGAAUAAAAAUUUAAAAAUGUCCGAUUCAGCAGUAGCUACAUCCGCGUCUCCUGUGGCAGCUCCACCUGCACCGGUUGAGAAGAAAGUAACAGCCAAAAAGGCAACGGGCUCCGCUGCCACAAAGGCGAAGAAGACCACUGCACCACCAUCGCAUCCGCCAACUCAACAAAUGGUAGACGCUUCAAUAAAGAAUUUGAAGGAGCGUGGGGGCUCGUCCCUCCUAGCAAUCAAGAAGUACAUUACUGCCACGUACAAAUGCGAUGCUCAGAAGCUGGCUCCUUUCAUCAAGAAGUACCUGAAGUCUGCCGUUGCCAACGGUAAGCUGAUCCAGACGAAGGGAAAGGGUGCUUCUGGUUCGUUUAAACUGUCAGCUUCUGCCAAGAAGGAGCCCAAGCCAAAGCCUUCUUCUGUUGAGAAAAAAACUAAAACCAAGAAGGUAUCCACCAAGAAGACCGGAGCCACCACUAAAAAGGCCGCCGGAGCUGCCGACAAGAAGCCCAAAACUAAAAAAGCCGUGGCUACUAAGAAGACC